AUGGACGCAAGUAGAAGGCAGAAGUGCAGCCAGCGGUGCAGCGAUACGUGCACAACGAGUUGGCUGAAGCAAGCAAAAGUGGAGCCUAACGCGCUUGCUAAAUACGCAUCUAACGACAGGCCGACAUACAGCAAGCCGGAAAUGUUGUCGAGUAGGUUGGCAGCCGGCUUCGUGCCGCUCAUGGUUAAGCAUGAAGAGGUAGUGCGACUGUGGUUUGAGAGAAUGACGUAG